GGGCAAAAUUGCGUUCCCGUCGGUACGUCACCCAAAUUAUGAGAAUUUUCUGAACCCGACUUUCCGGGUCCUUAUAAAAGACGCUACCCGCUUGGCACAAGCCCCAACCCAACACCUGCUUCCCAUUUCCUCGAUUUCUCCUUCGCGUUUUCAAUCUCUCUUUCUCUCAGGCAAUUCAUAUUUGUUCCGGUCAGUUAUCGACGGGGAAAGCGUUUAAUUCCACCAUCUCUUCGAGAUUAUUGUGAUUUAGUAGAUCCCCAUCUCAACAUAGCCAUGAAUCCCGACUAUGACUAUUUGUUUAAGCUUUUGCUCAUUGGGGAUUCUGGUGUUGGCAAAUCUUGCCUGCUUCUGAGGUUUGCUGAUGAUUCAUACCUUGAUAGCUACAUCAGCACCAUUGGAGUUGACUUUAAAAUUCGCACUGUGGAACAAGAUGGGAAGACCAUUAAACUCCAAAUUUGGGACACUGCUGGUCAAGAACGUUUUAGGACAAUCACUAGCAGCUACUAUCGUGGUGCUCAUGGGAUUAUUGUUGUUUAUGAUGUCACAGAUCAGGAGAGCUUCAACAAUGUUAAGCAAUGGUUGAAUGAAAUUGACCGCUAUGCGAGUGAAAAUGUGAACAAGCUUCUAGUUGGCAACAAAUCUGACCUCACAGCAAAUAAAGUUGUGUCCUAUGAGACAGCCAAGGCAUUUGCGGAUGAAAUUGGGAUCCCUUUUAUGGAAACGAGUGCUAAAAAUUCGACCAAUGUGGAACAGGCUUUUAUGGCCAUGGCUGCUGAAAUCAAGAAUAGGAUGGCAAGCCAACCCAUGAACAAUGCCAGGCCUCCAACAGUGCAGAUUCGGGGACAGCCUGUCAACCAGAAGUCUGGUUGCUGCUCUUCUUGAAGGGGGAAGAUGUAUUAAAAGGGGGUUCAUGAUGUAUGUCUACCUACCUGUGUUUUCCUGUGGCAUGUAAAACAAAACUAGUAGUCCUCUUCUUAAAUACUUUGAUAUGAAGAAACAUUGUUAAUCUGCUUGUCAGUUGUUGUUCAGCACUUACAUAAAUUCCAUUCUUUUGAAUGUAUUUGAUUUUGAAAACGAUUGUACAAAUUAGGAAUUUAUAUCGGUGAAUAGCUGUACUUUCCUUCUUGUUCCAAA